AACAUCCUAGUGAAAUCACCAUAAAAGCAAAUGCUCCAUUCUGUUAUCAAAGUGCCCUAGCAAUGUUAUAUCCUCCUGUAGUAUAAUUCUUAGUAAUGCUUCAUAACUAUGUCUACCGCCUCUAAGGUUGUCCUGGGAUUAUCGAUAGUGCUCACUAUCAGCACCGUUGCAGGCGUUCAUAUCAAGCAGAACUGGGACAGACAGAGGCUACGCGAGGGCGUUGUGCGCGAUCUGGAGCGCGUGGAACGGAAGCGUGAGAACCUGCGUGCGCUCGAGGAGCAGAUCCAGCUGACGAGAGAGCUCGUGACUGAGCGCAACCGACGACAGGCUGAAGCCACGGAAACACACGAUUCAUAA